UCCUGAUCUCAGCUCAGACAUUACUUCCUGGGAGACACUGCAGAGAUCUCCUCGCCAACAAGCUUAGGUGUUUGAUCCUGCCUCUGGGCUCUUCCCAGCUGCUCUCCUCACAGCCUCUCCUCCUGCCUUCCAGCCUGCCUCCUCAGCUGGAAAUGACUGAGGGCUUCCUGCAAAGGAGAAAACAAAUCAUCAGAAGGCUGAAAUUGUGUAACAUGUAAAUCUCUUCUGGCCCGAAGCCCAUCUCUGGUUUGGCAACACAACCAACGCAGCAUCUCUUUUCUCAUCUCCUGGGAAAAAAAAAAAGAAGGAAAGAAAGCCAACAGAGAAAAAGUAGCCAGAGAGCAGAGAAUAAAGUGAAGGCAGGGAACAGAGCAAGCAGACCUUGGUGGAAAGUGUACCUCUGGCAGAAACCCCAAGAUGCCUUCUGAGAAGGGCCAAGCCAAGAAGAGCCUCACGCAGAGGCUGGCCCUGAAGAGCCGUAUAGCUAAGGAGACACUCUCUGAGUUCCUGGGCACCUUUAUAAUGAUUGUCCUUGGAUGUGGCUCUAUUGCCCAAGCAGUUCUCAGUCGAGGACAUUUUGGCGGAAUCAUCACUAUCAAUAUUGGAUUUGCAACGGCAGUUGUGAUGGCUCUUUAUGUGACUUUUGGUGUCUCUGGGGGCCACAUCAACCCAGCUGUGACUUUCGCAAUGUGUGCCUUUGGAAGGAUGGAGUGGUUUAAGUUCCCAUUCUAUGUGGGAGCCCAGUUUGUGGGAGCCUUUGCCGGGGCUGCAACUGUCUUUGGCAUUUACUACGAUGGACUCAUGGCCUUUGCUGAUGGAAACCUGCUCAUCACGGGAGAAAAUGCAACGGCAUUCAUUUUUGCGACAUACCCAGCUCCAUUCGUAUCCAUGCCAGGUGCCUUUGUAGACCAAGUGGUAUCUACCAUGUUCCUCCUUCUGGUUGUCUUUGCCCUCUUUGACUCCAGAAACCUGGGGGUCCCCAGAGGCCUGGAGCCCGUUGUCAUUGGCCUCCUGAUCAUUGUCAUUUCCUGUUCUCUUGGACUCAACUCUGGCUGUGCCAUGAACCCAGCUCGAGACCUCAGCCCCAGGCUCUUUACUGCCCUGGCAGGAUGGGGAUUUGAGGUCUUCACAGUUGGAAAUAACUUCUGGUGGAUACCUGUCGUGGGCCCUAUGGUUGGUGCGUUCCUGGGAGGUCUCAUCUACAUUCUUUUUAUCCAAAUGCAUCACUCGAACCUUGACCCAGAAGUGAAGGCAGAACCAGCUGAGAACAAUCUAGAGAAACACGAACUCAGCGUCAUGAUGUAGUGGCAUGACCAAGUCUAGAGUUACUAUUCACCUGGUUCUUUCUUCAGAAAAGAUGGCAUCUGUGUGCCUGUGCAGACUUGGGGCAGGGGCAUCAACCAGUUUUCUCUAGCCAACUGGGACAAAAAAAGAAUCCCAAAGGCAUCCGUGAAAAACUUCACUGGUCACUCAUCCCCAGAAUAGCACUGACUGCUUAUGACGGGUAUUUGAUGGACGUCCUUGUUCCUAGGUGAUUGCUAAGAAUUUGGAAACUUGACCAUGUGCUCGUCUGGAUGGCCUCAGAGACCUUUCUUACCCUGUAUGAAAUUGUGUCAUCAAAGUCUCUGUUUUCCAAAUCUAUAAAUACAACAUUCUAAAACUGAAAGGCCAAACAGUGGCUACACUUAACACCUAUGAAAUGGAAAGCAAAGGGUUAACACUCUCCCAAGCUGAGCGCUGUCACUACAUAAAUACUGAUAUCCUCCCAACCUAGGGCUAUAGAAACCAGCAGAAGGCAGCUGGGAAGAAAGCCAUGGCAUUUAGAAACCUCAGGACACAAGAUAAAUUUGAGAAACUGAAUGGCUUUCUUCUUAAUGGAAACCAUUUGUCAGAUUAAUCUUGUGCUCUUCUGCAUUUUAGAUGGCAUCAAUUAAUUUCCAGGUCUUUAAGUAUAUAAUAACCUAAAAUAUGAUUGUAACCUUGGUCAGGAAAAAUACAUUGCUCUGUCUUUUAGCAUAAAUGCGUUUCCUCAUGACUCACUUGAGAGACCAUUUUAAUAGUCUGUGGAUACACUCAUCCAUGUCCCCAGAAGCCCAAACUAAAAGCUAGUGGAACCCAGCCUGGUAGACUAAAGAUGGAGGUAGACAAAGUCCUUGGGACAAAAGGAUGAGCUCUGGCAUUCUGACUCCCAGACCACUUCCACACACAUUAUCCAAAUCUGAUCCUAACAGCAAUUGUCUGAGGUAAAUGACCACAGCAUUCUUUUCAAAUGAGAAUCUCGUGUGAAUUGAAUUAAAGUUGCCCUUUCUUCUGCAGGUUGUUUUGAACAUUGCCUUACACCUUCCAGAAGCUUGCUAGCUGACUGAGGGUGUUUGACAACCUGCUCAGGCUUACGUGAAGGAAGGCAUCACCAGCUUCCAGAAGGUGUGUGCUUUGUAGAAACACCACUCUGGGCCUUUGGCUGUGUGAUUUCCAUAUGCCAUCAUGUCUGUUUUUAUUCCCGGUUUUACUGAGGAACGGAUGAAGGGAAAAAGUAGUCAUUUGAUAACUUUCAUUUGUGGAGAAACAGGCCUUUCUUCCUUAGCCAUUUUCAGUCUCCUUCCCUGCCAACCCACCUCAGCUUCUCCUGGAGACAUUUUUUAGCUGAUGUUAGCUCCAACCAGAGCAAGAAUUGCUCUGUACCAGGAGCAUAACUUUUCUGCAGUUGUUUAAAAGCUCAGCGAUCCUAGAUACAUCAAGUGUUCCUGGGUGCUUUGCAAGACUAACAGAACAAGAAAUAAAUUAGAAACAUCUCCAAACCCUGUGCUGUGCUCCGAUACCUGUGGGCAUAUAGAUUAAUUUUCUGAGUCUGAAAUUACCUGGAUAUGUUCUAGUUUAAAUAAAUUUGGGGGGAUAUUAA